AUGGAGAUGGUAGAAGCAGUGGCAUUGUUUGAUUAUUCUGGUAGAACUAAUAAAGAAUUAUCAUUUAAAAAAGAUCAAAGUAUUUUUAUUUACAAAAAAAUGAAUCAUGAAUGGUGGUUAGGACAUAUAGCUGGUGGAAGUCAGUCAGGAUUUAUUCCUGAUGGUUACAUCAAGCUUAAAUCCAGACGCCGAGAUUCAGCUCCUGUUCACCAUCGUCCUCAACGUAGUAUAGUGCCUAAUCCACCAUCGUCUAUAACAUUUCGAACAUUAUCAAGUGAUCGAUCGAAUGCCUCUAUUUCAGCCACUUCAGCAUCUCAUAUUGUACAUCGUCAAUCGUCUGAUUUUUCACUUGUUGAUGAACAUCGUCUUGAAUCAGCUAAAGAAACUGAAAUUCUUGAAGUUGAAUUAGACAUCAACAAUAAUGAAGAAGAAGGAGAAGAAGAGAGUAGUUUACUAAUUGAAAGUCAUGCUAACCCUCCUGUACCCGUUUCUCGCACCAUCUAUGAUGCUUUAUCACCUAAUAAUCUACCAAAACCAUCAAUACCAAUAUCAUCAUCUCCCUCGACAUCCGUCAAUGAUCAACAAAUAAUUGAUAUUGAUACAGCGUUACGUGAAAUUUUAUCAGGUAUUCAAACUGUUGAAGAAUGUCAUGCACAGUGUUUUCGUUCCAUGCCAUCGUCCAAUGUCCAACCAGAAACCGAUGCACCUGAUCUUGUGAUUAAUUUACCAAAAUCAAAUGGUAUUCUAACAGCACAACCAUCGAAAUCAUUUGAUGAACAUUCAUUACCAAUAUCUCAUUCAACAAUAAUUAUUGAUCUAGCACAUUCAUCACGAUCAAAUUCUUCGUCACCCGAAUUAACUCGAUCAAAUAAAAUUCCACCACCGAUUAUGAAAAAACCAGAAAAAACUUUGCAUUUACUUGAACGUCUUGGUUUAAAACAGACAACUGAUUCAUCACAUGGUACUAGAACAUCAUCAUUAACAACACGUUUCAGUUUUCCUCAUCAACAACAUCAAGCAAUAUCGAUUUCGCGUUCAUCAAAAGCUACACAAGUUUAA